UGCUCCCGGUCGCCGCUAGAGCUCUUGCCGACGAGAUAUCAGAUGGCCCUGCACUGUGGAUGCUCAGCCGAGGCAAGGACGCUCAGCUGAGGCAAGGAUGCUCGGGGUGGCUGCGUCGAUAUGUACCUGCCAUAGACCGUGCCGCAUGGCAAAGCUUAAAGCGUGCAUGGAGGGACAUCAAGGAUAGCCCGAUUCGGAACCAGACCUGGACGCAAGGGUUCGAUACAUGGAGAAAAAUCGGCGUCGAAAUAAGCUGGCGGGUGUCCGCGUAGGCAAGUAGCACAAUGGGUAUCCAUGGACUCCUGCCGCUGCUCAAGGACAUUCAGACGCACAGGCACAUAGCCGACUACAAAGGUCUGACCCUCGGCAUCGACUCGUACGUCUGGCUUCACAAGGGUGCUUACGGUUGUGCAAAGGAGCUCGUAUUGGGCGAGAAGACGGACAAGUAUAUCAAAUAUGCGAUCGCACGUCUGCGCAUGCUCCAGCAUUACGGCAUCAAACCUUACGUCGUCUUUGACGGUGACCGCCUGCCUAGCAAAGCAGGGACGGAAGAGGAAAGAGAAACACGACGCAAUGAGAACCUCGCAAAGGCACUUAAUGCUCACAAGGCAGGGCAUGCCGGUGCGCAUGAUCUCUUCGCCAAAUGCGUCGACAUUACGCCUCAGAUGGCCUUUCAGCUGAUCAAGUUCCUGCGGAAAGAAGGCAUCCCUUACAUUGUGGCUCCGUAUGAAGCAGAUGCCCAGCUCGCCUACCUCGAAAAAGAAGGCAUUAUCGAAGGGAUCAUCACGGAGGACUCGGACCUGCUAGUCUUUGGCUGCCAGCGCGUGUUAUUCAAGCUCGAUGUGGAUGGGACCGUCGUCGAGAUCCUGCAGUCGCGCUUUGCGUCGAACAAGACCGUCGCGCUCGCUGGCUGGUCCAUCAGUGAGUUCCGGCAGAUGGCCAUCUUGUCCGGCUGCGACUACCUUCCGUCGAUCGCUGGGCUGGGCCUGAAGAACGCGCACCGCCUCCUGCGCAAAUACAAGACGCCUGACCGCGUCGUGCAGCAGGUACGCUUCGAGGGAAAGCUCGGCGCCGUCCCUACCGACUACCUGCAGCAGUUCCGCCGUGCCGAGCUGACGUUUGUGCACCAGCGCGUGUGGGACCCGCGCGCCAGGCGCAUCACCAUGCUGCACCCCGUACCGCCGCGCGCGCUCAAUGAGGCGGCCCAAAUUAAUUUUAUCGGUCCGGUCAUCGAUGACGAGCAAGGCGCCCUGAUUGCCGCGGGCGACUUGUGCCCCAUCACUCGCCAACCCAUGGUUGAUAUUUAUCCGGAAUGCAGUCGCAGCAAGAAUCCAGCAAUCGCUGCGGCGAGCGGAAAUGGCUCCGACUCAAACGGCAGCUUCUAUGCGUUCAAGAAGAAGGAAAAGGCGCUCCCUCAGAUCUCAGGGCAACAGUCGAUCGCAAGCUUCUUUGGCGGCGGUGGCAACAGCAGCAGCAAGGGGAAAGAAAAACAGAAUGGGCAGGAGGAACAUUCAGCAGAGUCUGCGUCGACGUUGCUGAAGCGCGAGGCGAUCAAAGCAGUGCAGGUACAGCGCACGGAGCUGGACGCAGUUGCAGACAUGAUGGCUACGAAAAAGAGUAAAUUCUUUACACCUGCUGCCGGCAGCCGCAGCUGCAGUGGACAUGGGCGCAAGCGGCAGCCCGAGAACGCAGAGGGCAGGAAGAUUGCAGCGGACGAGAAAGGCGGCGAGAAGGAUCUCGGCAAUGCCAACUUUGAUGAUUUCGACUACUGGGACCAUCAUCAUGCAUGGAAAGCACAAGCUGGCACACUCCACAAGCGCUCUAGCCCCGACAAACCGCACGCGAUCGAGUCGUCCCCUGCCCCUACGGCUUCCAUCCACCUUGGGAGCAUGAGUAUGGCAAGUGUCAACUGCGACGACGGUAAUGGGGACGAGGACGUCGCCUUCUUCACGCAUGCACACGCGCGCAGGCACUCAGACGUCGGCAGCGAUGCGGCAGUGACGCCCUCAUCAUUCAGGACGCGAGCGUUCAGCUCGGAAGGGCUGAUCUCCUCGCCUGCCGCGUCGCCAGCGAAAGACAAGCACCAUGAUAGAGGAGACAGCGUCGCAUCGGCCCACGGUGCGACCGCCUCUCCAGGCUUUGCCUUGAGCGACGAGGAGGACGGUGGCAGCAGCAGCAGCAUCGCGUCGCCCACUGCGUCGAUGCGCGCUGUGCACAGCAGGUCGAACUCGAGUGCCUUGCCCUUCAGAUGCGAUGCGCCAGUGUCAGAUCAUCGCGACACAGAGCGCAAGGCGGCCGCGUCGUCAGAGUUGGCUUCGCAUUCGCACAUGUCGCUGAUGCAAGUUUCCUCCCCGCCGCCACUGGAGAACGCGGCGCACAGGCACGAAAACGAGAACAGGAAGGACAAAGGCAUGGCAGCGGACGAAGUGGACGGUACACCGAGCCCUGCGCGAUUGAGCAAAUACAUUGCAGGCAGCAUCUUUGCGCGCUUUGCGCAUCAGCCGACGCCGCACGCGCGUCCCAGCGUUGGCGGCGUCGGGUUCGCGCAAAGCGUCAGCGCGCCAACCAUCCUGCAGGGUGCUCAACGAACGGCGGCGCCGGCGAGCAAGCGGCGCCGGCUCGAUGUGCCAAGUCCAGAUGGGGCUGGCGUGUGGUGCGCGAAGCAAAUCACACGCGAGGGUGAGGACGAGGACAUCUUUGCCAAUCUCGAAGCCGAGGGGAGCGCAGGCGUUAUGAUGGCGCACGCCGGCAUGGGCACCAUAACCUCGGGGCCAUCACAACUAGCGGCAGGUGGCGGUGGUGGGAAACGCGGCAAGCUUACGCGGCGUAGUCUUUCUUCGCGAAGUGCAGCGGAAAGCGGCAGGGCAGCUGCGGGCGAGAUGAGCGCGUCGUCCAUCCUGGCCAAGUUUCGAAAUCCCAGCAUGUGAUGAUAAGGGGGGGAGAGGUCAGGAUGCGUAUCGCGUUCAUGCAUGCGCAGCUGCCAGACUUACUAGCAGCGAGCUCAUAGUGGUGGGGAGGUAAUGCAUACACAGCACUCUGCACAGGUACUCGUCGGUUACAACGCAUUCUGUAUCAUACAUGCUUUUGUUCGUUCGGUAGUCAACGGCAUGCGGCAUCCCCAUGCGCAGCAUUGUCGAUCCUAUCCCCGGCGCCAUCGACAACCGCUCGUCGGAUGGGGGCUCUCAUCAGCGCGUCAGCAGCCGGCACAUUGUGUACUCAUGCAUGAGUCUCUGGAUGCGCCCGGCGCUGGGCUCGCCGUAGCAAACGUCUGGAGCCUGUUUCCCCGGAAUGGUGCAUGUCAAGU